CACGCUUCCUCCACAAACCUGUCACAUGCCUGACGCUCGCCCAACCACACAGCCUCAAACCAGCUAAUGCGCCGUCGCUUGUCGACGGCUUGAACGGCUAUGGCUGUAGUCAUGGACAAACCACGCAGGACGGCUGACCUAGCCUUUGCCCAUUACCACGCCUUUCCCCGUUACCCCAGACGGAUCCACACCGGGUUAGACAUUGCGACGUGACAUUCACAUGCUUACGAAUUGCAACACACACAUUACCGACAUCGUAAGCCCUGCGACACCACGUGGAGAUCCGACUUGACGCCUUUCAUGACGCACAAAAGACCUGCGACUGCAUUCACUGGGUUCGAUAAAGCUGUUUGUGCUGGGAGAGAGGUACAGUCAUGAUAGAUCAUGUAUUAGGGCGGCCGUCGGUGCAGUUCAGGAAGAUACAAGUGCUGGCUGUAGUGUCAUUUUGGUCGUUUUACCUCUACAGAGGCGACCGCCAUGGCCCACCAAUCCUCCGCCGCGUAUCCGCCCUCCUCUCCAGGAAACUCACCGUCUGGCAAUCGGUCCUUAUAACACUCCUCUACCUCUACGUCGCCCGCAACUUCGGCAAGCUCGUUGGUCUGGAGUGUCCCGAGCCCCUCGCAAGCCUGUACUCGCGAUCAUACUUCCGUGCGACAUGGGUUACGACUGCGCUGGACGCAGGCUUCUGGUCUGCUAUGCGGAUAAAACGGAAAGGUGUGAGGGAUCUGCUGUCGAUUGUCUUCAGCAUAUACUACAUGAUAUGUGCUGAGCAGGCGGAUGAGAAAGUCAGGAAGAUUAGAGCAACGCUCACCGUGGACCAUCUGCGCGUGGCGUGGAACAAGGGGACGACACCAUAUCUGGGUGCGCUGACGAGCAUGAUGCGACCGAGACUGAUGGUGUAUCCGCCGCGCCAGAUUCGUAUACCACGACCGAGAGCUAGUUCGUAUAAGGAACCGGUGACGGGAUGGUUGUACUUCAAUGGUCCGCGGAGUGCAUUGAAGAAGCAGGACAAAGUUGUCCUGGAUAUCCCUGGUGGUGGUUUUGUUGCUAUGAACCCGAGGAAUCACGACGACAAGCUCAUGGGCUGGGCUGGUAAGACGGGCUUGCCUGUUUUAAGUCUGGACUACAAGAAGGCGCCUGAACACCCGUACCCGUAUGCUUUGAACGAGUGCUACGAUGUCUAUCACAUGAUUGUCGCGUCGCGAGGAACUUGUAUGGGCUUGUCGGGAGAAGCAGAGCCCAAGGUCGUCGUCUCGGGUGAUUCAGCUGGUGGAAACUUGGCUGUGGCCAUGAUACUCAUGAUACUGCAGAGUGGUUCCACCGAGACGCGGAGAUGGCAGGGCGAAUCCCCUAUACCACCUCCGAUCGGCGUGGUAUUGAUCUACCCAGCGCUGGACAUGAACAUUGGCAAUUGGAUGACGGACGAGCAAAUGGCUCUCAUUCGUGAUCGACGAGUGAGGAAGACAAAUCGACCCAUUCUAAGACAUAAGAGCGACGACUACCGACAACUUGCACCAAAUACACCGUAUGGCUCUGAUGACUCGGAUAGUGAGGACGAGCGCACCAAAGUGAGCAUGGUCAAUGGAACUAUGCCCAAAACCAACGGCGGCGACAUCACGUCCCCCCAGACCAUGAUCAAACUUUCCGCCGCACACACAGGCCAAGACAGCAGCACCGCUACACUCCAGCAGCCUCCCAGCCAGAAAUCAAGUCUCCCACCCACACCACUCGCAACUCAACCUCCCACUCCCGGUGCCGCUGCCGCUACCCUCCCUGCACCACCCGCCACAGCCAUCAAAACCCGCCUCGCAAUGUCCAGCAUGAUAUCUUACUUCAACGACCGCAUUCUCACCCCCGAAAUGAUGCGCGCCAUGAUCAUUCUCUACAUCGGCCCGCACCACCGCCCCGAUUUUAGCACAGACUACCUCCUCUCCCCGCUCCUCGCUCCGGAAUCCCUCCUAGCAAAGUUCCCACGCACGUGGAUGUUGACAGGGGAGCGCGACCCCUUGGUCGAUGACACUGUCAUCUUCGCCGGGCGGCUGAGACAGGCUAAACGCGCGGAAUGGGUCGCAGCGAAAGAGUUGGGGUUAGAUUGGGCACGAGGCAGUUUCAACGAGGAAAGUGUGGUCGUGGAUCUGGUACCUGGUAUAAGCCAUGGUUUCCUCCAAUUCGUCGGCGUAUUCCCCGAAGGCUGGAAGUAUAUUUUCAAAUGCGGAAAAUGGAUUACCGAAGCUUUUGAAGAGAUGGAUGGGAAGAGGUAUGGAUACGAUGCCGAGACUCCAGGAUACACGCCUGCGACUACCACAGCAACAGGCAUGAGGGGAAGAGAAGGAGGCGAUUACUUUGGCACAAUAGGCCUCGCAGAUGCUAUUGACGGACUCACAAGUACGAAAUUUACAAGGAGGAGACAUCACCGUAGGAGUGGGACGGUGAGUUCAGCGGAUGAGGAUAGGCCGUUGGAGAUGACGGUUUUGGGGAAGGGAAGGAGGAGUCCGCAGAAAGACGGGGGUGAUGGUGUGGCUGGUGCGAGGGGGGCAGCAAGGGAGAGAGGCAGGAUGAAGAGCGAUAGGGGGAGGAGGAAGAGUCUGGUUAGUUUGGCUAGUGAAGAUGAUUUGUUGGGGAGGAGGAUGAAGAGUUUGACUGGGGGGUUGGGGGGUGAUGGGGGGAUUUGAUGUGGGUAACGAGUAUAUACAUCGUUUGAUUUGCGUGGGUAGAUUUUGAAUGGAAGAUUAUUACAUGAGGGUGGUGAGCUGUUGUGUAUCUUGUUGUGUGCUAACUCGCGAUAAGGGCACAGUAACAUCAAAAGCAAGGAUGUAUGACAGCUACCCGAUCAUGUGAAAAGGCUCAAAUUCUGCAUCUAAUCAGAUAGCUGUUCGUCAAGCACAGCAUUUUCGGUAAUUCGUCGACAAGU